AUGAGCCUUCUCAACAAGCCCGAGAGUGAGAUGACCCCUGAAGAGAUACAGAAGCCAGAGGAGGAGGAGGAGUUCAAUACGGGCCCACUCUCCGUGCUCAGGCAGUCGGUCAAAAACAACACGCAAGUGCUCAUCAAAUGUCGCAACAACAAUGACCGCUUGAAGGCCUUCGACUGACACUGCAAUAUGGUGCUGGAGAAUGUAAAGGAGAUGUGGACCAGGGUCCCCAAGGGCAGCAAGGGGAAGAAGAAGUCCAAGCCCAUCAACAAGGACCGCUACAUCUCCAAGAUGUUCCUGUGUGGCAACUCGGUCAUCGUGGUCCUGCAGAAUUCCCUCAUCACUGGCAAGUAG